GCUAGCAUGGCCUCAUGCCAGAAUUUAUAAAAUACUGUACGAAAUUAAUUAGUUCUAACUGGCGAAGGCAUACUUCAUCAUCAUCGUCAUCCUCCUUAACUGUAUAUAAAUAAUACCAAGCCUUUCUCUUCUUCUUCUAUUCUAUAUUUCAAGUUCCCAAACAAAGAAACCACCAAAAGCUAGCUAGCUCGAUCUUUUUGAAUCGUACUACUACUUCCACAUUCGGAUCCCCCCCUCUGGCCAUCUCCUACCAUAUAUAUACCCCGAUCGAGACUAGAAUUUGCUUCGAAAUUCCAACCGUAAAACAGAGAUUAUCCCAUUUUCUUGGCUGCCUAACUGAUCAAUAUCAUUCUUUUCUUCCUUUUGAAAUUACGAUAUUGUAAGCAUGGGGCUGAGAGAUAUAGGGGCAGCACUCCCUCCGGGGUUUAGGUUUUAUCCUAGUGAUGAGGAGUUGGUCUGCCAUUAUCUUUACAAAAAGAUUACAAAUGAGGAGGUUUUGAAGGGUACUACUUUGAUGGAAAUUGACUUGCAUACUUGUGAGCCAUGGCAGCUUCCUGAGAUGGCUAAGCUCAAUGCAAACGAGUGGUACUUCUUCAGCUUCCGGGACCGCAAGUAUGCCACAGGCUUCCGGACCAAUCGGGCAACGACAACUGGAUACUGGAAAGCCACGGGGAAGGAUCGGACGGUCCAAGAUCCAAUGACGCGCGAGAUCGUAGGGAUGAGAAAGACUUUGGUGUUCUAUCGGAACAGAGCUCCAAAUGGGAUCAAAACCGGAUGGAUCAUGCAUGAAUUUCGCUUGGAGACCCCACAUAUGCCUCCUAAGGAGGACUGGGUUUUGUGCAGAGUAUUUCACAAAAGCAAGGGUUUGAUGCCAGACUCGGAGGAUUGCACCAAAUUCAGCCCACAACAUAUGUUUGAGACCAGUAGUACUACUACAGCUUGUGCCCCUCGGCAGUUAUCUUUAGCUCCAUCUCCUCCCUCUAACCAAACCAUGCCUUGUGGGUAUUAUAACCAAAUCAUGACCUCCUUUGACUCAAGUACCCCUUCUCACCCAAACCAAACCCAAAGCAAUUCCCUGCUCAAUCUUCUUCAGUUCUCUCAGGAAACUACAAAUAACAUCAACAAAGAAAUUACCUCCAAAGGUGAUCAUGAUGAAUAUGGGUUCCUAUGGGACAUGAAUUUGGAAGAAAAUAGCUUGGCAAAUGGGGCAGCACCUUCAAACUUGGAGGAUAUGAGAUUUGAGAUUGAUCACAACAGCAUGGUUUUCCUAUGAAAUAUAUAUAUAUUAUAUAUAAUAUAUAUAGUGUUUAUAUAAUAUUAUAUUAGAUAUUAAACACAUAAUUAAUUAAUUAUUUGUUGGUUUGCAUUAAUGUAUACGUGGUGUUUGGCUUUGAGGGACUUGCAAUAUCCAUGCAUGCUAGCUAGCUGGAUUGGAUAUAUAUGUUUUAGAAGGUUUGUGCUUAGUCAUGAUGAUGAUGAUGUACUGUUAGGUUUAUAUUUUCUUCUCUCUUUUUGUAUACAACAUUGGGAUAUGUAUA